CAACAGGAGUCCCGCACACAUCGCGGCUCCCCACUCCAGCCUCCUCUCUCUCCCACCUGUCCGCAGGAUCGGCGCGCGCUCAGCUCACCGUUACGCACCGGAACAAUAAGGUCCGUUUUCACAUGUGAGUGACCUUUUCUCCCCUUAAUCUUUUCUGUCAAAUUUGCCUGUCACCUCACAUAUGGCUGCGCCUGAAUUAUGCAACAACUAAGAAGAUUAACAUACCACAGCUAUUCACACUUAAGUGGGGAUCAUCAGAGGCUGACUGUCACAAUGGACCUCUGUCUUAUCAAUGCAGCCUUUCAUUUUACUGUGAAGCUCAUAAACAAACCCAGUAUACCAAGCUAGCAAUAGAUGUUGUUUUUUUCUUCAUUUACACUCUCAGAUUGGAGCCAAAGUGUUGUUUUUUAUUUUUAUAGCUUCUUUAAACGAGAAUUUUACCUCAAACCAUUAAAAAAAAUAGUUCAUUUUUUCCCCCAGUCUGAAACUAUUUGAAGUAGUGAUGGAUACGACUACCCUGGCUACCCUGGCUGCUGCCACCACAGCGGUUCUGGCCUCUCAGACUGACAUGUCAGGCUACUUAUGGUUGGUAAUUGUGGGCUUCAUCAUUGCCUUCAUCCUGGCCUUCUCUGUGGGGGCCAACGAUGUGGCCAACUCCUUUGGCACAGCUGUGGGCUCCGGAGUGGUCACUCUUCGGCAGGCGUGCAUCCUGGCCACCAUCUUUGAGACAGUGGGUUCGGUGCUGCUGGGGGCCAAAGUCAGUAAAACCAUCAGAGAGGGCAUCAUCGACGUGCGGAUGUACAACGGCUCUGAACACAUUCUCAUGGGAGGCUCCAUAAGUGCCAUGUGUGGUUCUGCAGUCUGGCAGCUGUUUGCGUCCUUUCUGAAACUCCCUAUCUCUGGAACCCACUGCAUUGUUGGAGCCACAAUUGGGUUUUCCAUGGUAGCCAGAGGCUACCAGGGAGUCAAAUGGUUGGAACUACUUCGCAUUGUGGCAUCCUGGUUUCUUUCACCUGUGCUGUCGGGAUUGAUGUCAGGAAUUCUCUUCUAUUUUGUCCGGAAAUUUAUCCUAAAUAAGCCCAACCCUGGAUCUAAUGGACUGAAAGCCCUUCCCAUCUUCUAUGCAAUUACUAUUGGCAUCAACCUCUUCUCCAUCAUGUACACAGGUGCUCCAAUGCUGGGCUUUGACAGAGUACCAUGGUGGGGUACACUGUGCAUCUCUUUGGGCUGCGCCGUUGUCACGGGGUUGGUGGUUUGGUUUUUCGUCUGUCCACGCCUCAAGAAGAAGAUCGCAGGACAAACGGCUGCCUCUCCCUGUGAAACUCCACUAAUGGAGAAGAACUCCAGUAAACCUGUGCCAGAAGAACGACCCAUCAGACAGCCAGAACCUCAAACUCCUCCAGCAGACAGUCAGAAAGUUGCUUUCAAACUUGGAGGCUCCGAGGAGGCGGACUUGAAUAAUGACGUGGAAAGUAAAGAUUUGGAUUUGUGCAGCGGUCUGAAUGGCAACAUUGGCCCCAUGACAAUCACUGAUCCUCGCAGCGGACGCUCCCACACCAUCCAUAAAGACUCAGGCCUUUACAAAGACCUACUGCACAAGCUCCACAUGGCCAAAGUUGGGGAAUGCAUCGGGGACAGCGACACAGAAGAGCGGCCCAUGCGGAGGAACAACAGCUACACUUCCUACACCAUGGCCAUAUAUGGAAUACAGGGAGAUCCAAAAUACCGGGAUGUGGACAACGGCCUGCAGAGAAGAUCCAGGGUGGACAGUUACAGCAGCUACAACUCUGCUGUGACCAGCAGCAGUGCAGUUGGGGACGGGGCCGAGACUCCGGAGGCCGGUCAGCAGUCGUCUCCAGAGGAAGAUGAGCUGGAGGUUGACCCACCUGCUGCCUCGUUGCUUUUCCAGUUUUUGCAGAUACUUACAGCUUGCUUUGGCUCUUUUGCACACGGAGGAAACGAUGUCAGCAAUGCUAUCGGGCCUCUGGUGGCGCUGUGGCUUCUCUAUGAUAGUGGCUCUGUGGUGUCUGACGCACCCACACCCAUCUGGCUGCUUCUGUAUGGAGGAGUGGGAAUCUGCGUGGGUCUCUGGGUCUGGGGUCGAAGAGUAAUCCAGACCAUGGGCAAAGAUCUCACUCCCAUUACUCCCUCAAGUGGAUUCAGUAUUGAGCUUGCUUCUGCCGUCACAGUCGUCGUGGCAUCAAACGUUGGUCUUCCUGUCAGCACAACCCACUGCAAGGUGGGGUCUGUGGUGGCUGUGGGGUGGCUGCGCUCCAGGAAAUCCGUUGACUGGCGUCUGUUUAGAAAUAUCUUCAUCGCCUGGUUUGUCACAGUUCCCAUCUCCGGACUGAUCAGCGCUGCUAUUAUGGCUCUCUUCAUUUAUGUCAUUCUAUGAGUCAAUCUGUACUCAGUUUCAAGAACUGCUUCAAUUCUCUUUGUUUAAGUCUUCUUUCAGACUGUUGGAGUUUUUUAAAUGAUAUAUAUAUAUAUUUUUUUUUCCAGUGUAAUUUUCAACAAAUAUUUUGGGUGGUGCAUCAAUUGUGUAGGUUUAAUGACUGUUAAAUUGUCCAGAACACUGUGAUCCAAUGUAUUACUGUGUAAAUAUUUGUACAAAAGCUAUGUGCAUUCAUCAGAUUAUUACAUUCUCACUUGAAAAAAGAACAGGCAGCUGUGGUGUAAGGAUAUAGACAGAAAAUAUGCCAUGUGAAGAGAUUUCAAUAUAUUUUAUUCAAUAAUAAACAUUUUAUUUCAGAAUGUUUUGGAGUUUGUGUAAGCAAAUGUGUAAAAGUGAGGUUUUGUAAUAAAACAAAUACACAACAUAAUCGACUUGUUUGAAAGUAAUGAAGGAAAAUAAAAAGGGGUUUGAGAAGAA